AGAUCUGGCUAUAAGUAGUUAAUGAAUAACUCCAAAAGAUAAAGUUUAACAGCAGCAAGUGUGAACUGGUGAAGCUUUUUCAAGAAAAGUUAUCUCACUCCUUAACAUAUACAGAUUAGUAUUUUCAGUCUCCUGCAUCACAAUUCACAAGAUCUACCUUAUCGAUUACAUUGGUUGGUAUCGAAACAGAAACAAUAUAAUGGCGAAAAUGGCAGGUUUUUUCAUAUGUCUGUUGGUCAUUUCUUUGGAUCUUGCAGCCGGACUUUGCGGCCUUGAGGCGGAAAUGGCUCAAAAUAAGGUGAGACACUUGAAGAUGUGGAUAUUUGAGUGUAAGAGCCCCAGUGAAGAAGCCUUCAAAUUUGGAAUAGCUGCAGCAGGACUACUGAUACUAGCACACAUUAUAACAAAUUUGCUUGGUUGUUGCAUGGGCCUUUGCUCCCAAGAUCACCAUAAGUCUUAUGCUAAUCGUCAAAUUACCACUGGACUCCUCCUCUUAUCAUGGGUUAUACUUGUGAUUGGAGUGUCGCUGCUGGCGAUAGGAACAUUAGCAAAUCGCAAAGACAGAGCUUCAUGCGGCAUGAAUCAUCGUCAUAUGCUAUCACUUGGUGGCAUACUAUGUUUCGUUCAUGGCUUAUUUUCUAUUGCUUAUUACGUUUUUGCUACUUCAGGUACCCAUUGAUCAUCUCCAAACGAAUCACUUCCAUUAGACACCCUUUUCACUCUCCUGUGUCACAACAUCCAUCUUAUCAUCACAUUGCUUCAUUUAGGUGUUUUUCAUUUGUCUUUUGUUUAUUUCUUUUCUUUUCUUUCGAUCUUACUACUAUUACAAUGAAUGAUGAUAAAGGUUCAUCCGUUAUUGUAUUAGUUGAAGUGUACAUCUCAACUUAUUUGAGUAAUAUUCCUCGUGGAUUACUGUCUUAGAUUUUGUCUUA